GCAAUCCUGGUCGGAAAUGCAAAAGAUAAGACUGGCCAAGGUGGAACGUGUGUUUCUUUGUCUGCAGCUUGUUUUUCCUCGGUUUCAGUCACUUAACUAAACCGAAGUCUCGACGACGUGUUUAGCAUUAGCCACAUUACGGACUCAAACGUCAGUUUUCGAGUCUUACCACUCAAUGAUUUUUUUGCGAUCCAUUUUUACCCUAGCCUAGCCUAGCCUAGCUGACCAACGGCUAACAAAGCUGCAAGGCACGUUGUCAAUCGUUCAGAAAUCAAGUCAGGAAAAUGUCAGCGAGAACGACACCGGCUGCAGUAAAGUUCUAGGAGGAACUUUGUGGAGUAAAAGACGAGCCCCCACAGCAGCAACCCUCGACUGUGUGCGAAAUAAUGCACGUAAAGGUUGUUCUUCACAGAUUAGAAGAUCUAUAUGUUAGCCAAGCCCCUCGUCUUGAGCACCAGGAGUCUGCAUGCAUCAAGGGGGAGGAGGAAGAAUCGCCAUACAUCAAGGAGGAAGAGUCCGUUCACAUUCAAGGUUUCAGAAAAUAUAUUGGUGCUGAGACAGAAUCUCCUGGCGUUAAAGAGGAUGUUGAGCUCCCACGAAUCAAAGAGGAGGAGGAGGAGCCGGAGCCCUAUCAACAGAAGCAACUUCCAAUCAAAAAAGAGGAGGAGGAGCUGCCAUAUGGUAAAGAGGAGGUAGAGGAGGAGCAUAUCACCAGGUUAACUGGUGAGCCCUUGAAGAGUGAAGAUGGUCAGCGUGAGGCAGGCAGACGGGCGGAGCCUCCAAGAGAGGGGGGUAGCAGCAGCUCAACAGAAGGAUUGCAAGCAGACAUUGAUGUUGCUUCAUCAGACAGAGAUGGCGCCACGUCACACUCGCCUUACAAUGAUGAUGGUCAUAAGACAUCUCACGGUGACGACAAACUCUGCAAAUGCUUUCAGUGUGGAAAAACCCUUGCUACUAAGCAAAUUUGUCGAAGACAUAUGAGGAUCCACACUGGUGAAAAACCUUAUGUCUGCUCAGAUUGUGGAAAGAGUUUUGUUCAUUCGGUUGGCUUAACAAAACACACAAGAAUCCACACUGGCGAAAAACCUUUUUCCUGCUCAGUUUGUGAGCAACGAUUCGCUUGGAAGCAACACUUACAACGACACACAAGAACCCACACUGGUGAAAAACCUUUUUCUUGCUCGAUUUGUGAUCAAAGAUUUGGUUGGAAGCAACACUUAAAACGACACACAAGAACCCACACUGGUGAAAAACCUUUUUCCUGCUCGAUAUGUGAUCAAAGAUUUGCUCGGAAGCAAGUCUUAAAACAACAUACAAGAACCCACACUGGUGAAAAACCUUUUUCCUGCUCAGUUUGUGGUCAAAGAUUCACUCAAAAAAAUAGCUUGAAACUACACACAAGUAUCCACACUGGAGAAAAACCUUUUCCCUGCUCCGUUUGUGAUCAAAGAUUUGCUCGAAAGCAACUUUUAAAACAACACACAACAACCCACACUGGCGAAAAACCUUUUUCCUGCUCAGUUUGUGGUCAAAGAUUCCGUCGAAAACAACACUUAACAACACAUGCAAGAACCCACACUGGCGAAAAGCCUUUUUCCUGCUCAGUUUGUCGUCAAAGAUUCACAAAAAAACAUUGCUUAAAAAUACACACAAGAAUCCACACUGGAGAAAGACCUUUUCCCUGCUCAGUAUGUGGUCAAAGAUUCACUCAGCAGCAACACUUAAAAAAACAUACAAAAACGCACACUGGCGAAUAAGUUUUCCUGCUCCGUUUGUGGUCAAGGAUUGGCCCAUACAGAAACCUUAAAAAAACACAAAAGAACCCACAUUGGCGAAAAACCUUUUUUCCUAUACAGUUUGUGGUCAAAGAUUCACUCAAAAAAUUAGCUUGAAAAUACACACAAGAAUCCACACUGUAGAAAAACCCUUUUCCCGCUCAGUUUGUGGAAAAUGUAUUAUUCAGUCGGGAGACUUAACAACACACACAAAAACCCACACUGGUGAAAAACAGUUUUCCUGCUCAGUUUGUGAUCAAAGAUUUGCUCAGAAGCAAACCUUAAAGUGCCUGUGACACGAAAAAGCAUGUUUAUUUCAUAAUACAUGCUGUGUUUUACGCUUCUGAAUGAAAUGGACCGCUUGGAUGUUUGUGGAAGAGAUUGCCAUAUUUAUUUAGUUUUUUUAAUCCCGCGCCAUGAAAAUGAGUGACUUCCGGCUUCGGUCUUGAGUUGAAAAAGAGGGCGCUGUGACAUGUAUGGAGGAAGGAGUCCUCGUCACUAUACAGUCGUACUGUUGUAUAAGAAGGACUACGGAUUCAGCUGAUUUUGCGGAUUAAUCAGUUUAUUUUUCGCAUCACGCCAGCCAAACGGCUGCAGAAAAAUCUUACUGUAUGUGGGAGAGGCGUGUGCACCUUUUUGGGGUUUCAAAAGGCUCCCAUUCACCGGUCGAUAUUGGCCAAAACAAGCCCAACUACUGUGGGACCAUGGGACUUACUAGGAAGUGAGUAAACAUCGUGUUUUAUAUUAUGUCAAAUUCUGGGAUCAUUUUAAUACGGAGGUGGCUUGCAUUCUGUGGCUGACAUGCUCCUUGUCCACUCCGCCGACGACCAGCGGUUUGUCACACAUCCCCCUGCCGGGCGAGCACUAUCGACCCCACUCACAUGACGUCACAACCACGCCUCCGUGCCAUAUUGUCCGUCAGCUCGUCGUGUUUACGCAUUACCGCUACGUAAAUUCCUCCUAUUAUGGCGUGUUUUUCUCUGCUCGUUAACAUUAAUAAUCAAAAUGGUGAAGGCGAGUGUGGCAGUUGGUUGUAGUAACAGAGAAGAUAGACGGAGAGACUUGAAGUUCUACCGUAUUCCAAGAGACCCGGAGAGGAGAGCGAGAUGGACUGCUGCAAUUCGACGAGAAAACUGGACACCAAAAGAUCACUACAGAUUAUGUAGUAGUCAUUUUGUAUCUGGUAAGAUGCAUUUAGUAUUGAGAGAGUUUUGGGCGGACAACCAUAAUUAAGAUCAUUGCGAGGCUAAUCGCCGACAACAUACAGUUUCAAAUUCAAGAUGUUUAUUUCUUCCGCCAUCAUUAUUUUUUGAAUACUAUUUAGCUGGUACCAAGUGAAAGAAGCUGGCCUCGUCUCCGGAUUAUCAGAUAAACAGGGGUGUCCAAACUUUGUGCAAAGGGGGCCAGAUUUGGUGUGGUAAAAAUGUGGGGGGCUACCUUGGCUGAUUUACGUAGAACAAUAUAUUUAAACAAAUUUGAGCAAGCUGUUCUUUGUGUCACAUUUGCUUUAUUAUUUUUUUAAUUCAUAAUUUCAACAAUCUCGCCUUUGUGGCGUUCUCUUUCGACACUCGGGCUCUUGCGAAAUACUGCUGUUGUGAAAUUAAACUAGCUUCAAGUUGCUAUAAUUUCUCGCUGGGUAUCUUCCCUGUAAUGUUGCACAUGUACGCGUGUCUUGUUUGGUAAUAUCGCGUCACAUCGAACUCUGAAAACAACGACUGUCUCUUUGCAAAUGAGGCAGACAGUUUUUGCGUAUUUUAUUGAAGAAAUAGUCCAAUAUCCAUCUAUCCUUGAAGCGUCGGCCAUCGCAAUCAACUUUUUUUUUUAUUGAUUGUCGCAAUUUUAAAAAAUUGGAAGUAAAGGGUCACACAGGGUAAUGUUGCUUAGAGUGCUGCUCUUAAAGUUUUUCAAAGUUUCGUGAGAAUAUGCUGGGUUUCUGUGGACAAGAUAGUUGUACAUAUCAGGGUAGCAGAUGUCAGGCAGAGACGGCGAAGACCGGGUCGAAAAAUAUUGAUUUAGGCAUCAAAUAUGGAUCUGGCGAAUGGAUAGACUGAAGCUUUUCCACAUAACGCCUUUUAUGCAACUCAUCCAAUGAGUUUACAGCGUCUGAAAGCACCGAGGCUUCCAUGAAUUGCACUAUAAAUUGCACGACAAAUUGAAACCAUUGAGAAUACGGAUAAACAAUGUUGGACAAUAUGGCGGCCGGAUACAGCGACACGUCAUUGUGUGACCUUGGUGAGUGGGGUCUAUACUCGGCUUUUGCCCUCUUGUUGUGCCCGGUGUUCAGUCAAAUUUUCCAACCGAUCAGAAAUUGCAACUUUGAGUUAAAUAUAGCCGCGAAUACAGUGAUUACAAAGUAAACACUGCAAACUUUCUUUAAAUAAAUGAAUGGGCAUGUAAAAAGCUCUCCUCAUACACAUUAGCAACAUUGUCCAGGUGUUUCCCAGCGAGCUCUCCUGUCCGUAGUAGCAGGGGAAAGAGCUGUAAAUUGCUCUCCGCCGGGCGGUUUGCCGAUCGGCGAAGACAGUUGACAACCCAGUCGUCAUGUGAAAUGAUCCAGGCUAGUUAUGUGUGAUUUUCCACUUCAAAGACUUUUAAACAUCACUCAGUUCGGGUUAGCAUGUCAGCUAGCUGUCACGCCUCUUGGUUUGUGUACAUUCUCCAAAGCUGGGGAAGGUAAAUGAGAUAAGCCCGAUUUAGGUGGCAUAAAAUAUCGUUCAGGAGGUGCGACAGUAAAGGUGAAGUCGACAGUUUUGACCAUUAUGGAAUAAUUUUGUCAUGUCGUCUUGAAUAAAUGCAUUUUUAUUAUUUCAUAUUCCAUUUCGCACAAGACUGUUAUUUGUCAUGACCAUGCCAUUUUACUUGGAUAAAAAGAAUAUCCUGUAAAAAUAUUGGACUAGAGAGAAUGAAACAAUGACAUUUUGCGGCUUUCUUCGUCACGUUUUCCUCGUUCUGAAUAAUUCCCCCUCAACGGGCUGACUGGUCCUUCUCAAGCCAUUUUAGCGAUUGGGGGACAAUACUUGGAUAUAAAAAAUAUCCUGUAAAAAUAUUGGAGUAGAGAGACUGAAACAAUGACAUUUCUUGGCUCUUUUCGUCGCAUUUUCCUCGUGAAUAAUUCCCCCUCAAUGGGCUGCAUACUAAAUCAGAUGAAAUCGUGACUCCGCUGACGUCAUCCACCUGUUGGGGACGCUCGAGCCCUAUAAUGGUAGGCGUGGCUAACUGGCAGAUUAAAAGACGAAUUUUUCGUCGUCUGUGCUUUGCUAAAUUGUUGUAUAUAGUCGAAUCGUCUCAAAAUAUGAUUCUAAUUCACAUAAUAAUCCUAUUUAAGACUUUUUUUUUUCCUCCUGUCGUAGGUUAAAACAACACACAAGAACCUACACUUGCGAAAAACCUGCUCAGUUUAUGGUCAAAGAUUCGCUCGGAAGGAUCUGAUAGACCCCAAUCACAUGACGUGACAUGACAGGACUCUGCCCCCCUGACUGGUGCCGCCAUAUUGUCCGUCAGCCCAUCGGGUUUACAUAUUACCGCUAUGUACAUUCCUCCUAUUAAUGCGUGUUUUGCUGCUUGUCUAAGGAAUCACCGCCUAGUAAAUGAACCCAAAAUCCCUCCUGACAAACGUUGACAUUGAUUAAUCAAAAUGAUGAAGGCAUGUGUGGCGGUUGGUUGCAGUAACAGAGACGAUAAACGAUCAUUUUAGUAGUUGCUGUGUGCCCAUUGUUAAAAGGGCAAAUCUCGAAAGCCGUCAGACAGCGGCAAAAACAUCAAUAUGAUGCCAACAUGGUCGCAGACAUCAUCAGACGGAGAGUACAAAGCUCGUCGCCAGGGUCGCACAGUAAGAAGGUGAGCGCAACAACAGGUGCUGUGCCGAAAAAUAGCCGCCCUGCAGAAAUGUCCACCCUGACUGGAGCGCCCACACAGAAACGACUUUCUUGUACCGUGAAUAUGUAUUAUUUUACUCUACUUGAACUAAUAAAUGUCGUACCUGUGUGUUUGUCAUUGGGAUAUGGUCGUGAAAACCUGUAGACUAAUACAUUUCUGUUCAAAGAUGGUUAUCUGGCCGAGUCCACGAUUUUUUACUAAAAUACAGUACUAAUAUUUUGUGUAAUUUAAUUAUUUAAAACUGAUCUUAGUUGUAAAUCACUUAGUCAAUAAAGCGUUAUAAAUAAGCGCUCCCGUCGGGGGACAUUUCACACGGGGCAGCUAUUUUUCGGCACACACCGGCCCGUUGUCGAUCAAGUUUCAUUUUACACUCGUGACAACGUUGAUGCUCAGCUGACCAAAUGUCGAUUUAUAUUCAGGCCGGUGCCGAUUUUGGGUACCCGCCUCCUCAUCGUGACAUAAACUGGAGUAUGAUUGGAAAUUUUGUGGUCUCAGGACGAGCUCUGACGCACGGGACGGAAGGAAACAUCGGUUUAGGCAUCUAAUAUGGAUCUGGUGACUGGAUCGACCGAAGAUUUUCCAAAUAACUGCUUUUAUGCAACUCAUCUAAUGAGUUUACAGCGUCUGAAAGCACCGGGGCUUCCAUAAUUUGCAAUUGGAUCCACCUUCAGAAACUACGAUCAUUGACAAUACGGACACACGAUGACAGACAAUAUGGCGGCACAGUACAGCGAUCACGUGAUUGUGUGUGUGUCGUUGGUGAUUGGGAUCUAUAAAGAGACGUGUGUGUUGGUGUUGAAGCAGUGGCAAAUGACUGUUUUGCCUGUCAUCCAUGCUGUGGCCUAUACUACGAACGGAGUUCAACCUCCCCAGAAGUAAUCCUGCUUAACAGCGGGUAACCGGAGUUGACAAAACCUGGUUAUGUAGUUUGUGGUCAAUCGGUGCUACGACGCUGAUUAUGAGGUUGAUUAGUCGAACCUGUGUCAACCCAGUCAGAGUUACUGCGUGUUCACAUAAAAGGGGGCGGAGACCAGAGUCAAACACUACUUGUGACAAUGUCACGGUCGCCUUACUUGACGGAGGAGGAAUGCGCGAUAAUCAUGUGGAGUUAUGAGGAAUUAAAAUCCACCCGCAUCAAGUCCAACACCGCUUCAGCUGGUAGAGCGCGACUGGUCUGUUGGCAGCGAAUUACAGAUUGUGUGAUUUGUGAAUGCGUCAAUAUUUCAGAUUAAUUACGUCCAUGAAAAGAAAUAAAGCCUGCUGUCAGGACAAUAUGAUAAGAUUUGGUACGUUAACUGUAAGAAAUAGUCCCAUUGACUUUAUGAAUAUGUAUGUCCUUUGAACAUCUUCAGAGUAGAGGUUAGAUUGGGCCUAAAAUAAUCCAGCCCUACCCGGCCCGAGCCCGAUCAAUUAACUUUGCGUUAUGUGUGAUCACAUUUGUGACAAUGAGUAAUGAUAAUAAAUUAAAGCCUGUCAUUUGUAACGAAUUCUCACAGUUAAACAAGACUGUAAGAUGAAUAUUCA